AAGAAAGGAAAAGGAUAAAAUUAAAGUUGUAAGAAAAAAAUGAAAAUGGUGGGAAUCUUUAUUCGUCUUUCACUGUGCAAGUGAUCCCAUAUUGCCACCUCUCUAUCCCUCCUACUCCCCCUUUUCAUGCUUUCUUUCUCUCCUUUUCCCAUCUUCUUUUCCCUCUCUCUCAUGCUUUUUCUCAGACUCACAAUCAAAGAAAGAUUUUCUGUUCUUCUGGCAUGACCUAACGUUUCUCUAUUAUGGGUUUUUCAUGUGGAGAUGAUUUUGGAACUAAACAAAAACGAGUUUUAUUAGUGGAUGAUCAAAGAGGCAGGAGUUUUAUGGAUGAUAGGGUGGAAUUUGAACUCGAAUUUGGGCCAGUUGAACACCCAAUGGAGCCUCGGGAUGAAGAUCGCCCCGUAAAGUGUCCGAUGCCAACUUCUUCUGUUAUCAAUGAAUCAAGAAUGCAAGCGGAGAGACUAGGUGAAGGGUUGGGAAAGAGGGGUGAAGUAGCAGCAGAAAUGAACAAAGAAAGAAAUGAAGGUGGUGCUGUUAGAGCAGUACGAAAGAGGCAUCACACUUUGACACACGAGGAACAAGUGAUAAAGCCCCUCAUGAGAAUGCCUCCUCUUCCUCCCCAGAAAAUCACCAUCUUCGAAAUGCUUCAUGAGUUUCACAAGUUUGAGUCUUAGUCUUGAAACGGGUGAUACUUGCAAUCAACAGAGUGCCAAUGCAAUACAUGGGUGGACGUUCAAAAACGUUCAUAUUUGGGAAAUUUUACACAACCAAAAUGUAGCCAGGACAUAUUUAUAGUUGUAAUAUCGCUUUGAAACACUUGUUGUGUAUAAUAUUUGUCCAAUUCAAUCGUAGCUUACCCAUAAA